AUGGUGACUACUCUUAAUGUUAUAGACACGAUGAAGCGCAUUAAUCAUAAAUCUUCUGAAUACCAGAAAAAACUGAUCAAAUUAAUUAGCUUUGCAGAAUCAAAUUCUCCAGACGUAAUCUCUAAUUAGAAUUUUCCUGAUAAAGUCCUUAUUGAUGUCUCAAAAUUCCAAGAAAUGUCUAAGAUUUCCAAAAGCAUUUUUGAGUAUAAUUUAUUGAUGUCAGACUCUUUACAGAAGAUUGAAAUACAGUUCGACGAAUUUAAAAAGCUUCAGAAAAUAGGAGCAAGCUUAAAGAAACAGCUGGCGAGCAUGAAGGAAAGAAUUAAAAGGGAUGGGAAACUUAUUAACUCUAAUAUCAAAAGGAUAGGCCAAGUAAUAAAGGAAUUCAGAGAAAGGUGUAGGGAUAGCUAUGUGGAAUAUCUUAAAUCCAUUGAUCUUGAUUUAAGAAGAGUUAUGAAGCCCUUCAUUUCGAUGGAACUCAUAGAUGAGUUUGUUGAUUACCCAAGGAUAAACCCCAACGAAAGCCUCUAUGCGAAAUUUGAAAAACAAGUUAUACCCAAAAGAAAUUUAGCAUGCGAUACAAACGAAGAAUUAAAUGCAAAUAUACAAAUGCUUGUUAAUACCAUGAAUUCAGUUGUUAAAGAUAUGCUUAUGAUUUUAACUGAAGCAAACAAGAAAUACUAUGAAAUUGUGAGCCCAGAAUUGCUCGGAUCUCGGGUUGCUACUCCACUAGCUCAAGAACUACCAGAAUAUUUUACCUUUACAUGCGAAGAUUCUCCUGGAGAUUCUCAAAGUAGCGCUUUUGAUAAAUUCACCGUCUUUCAGUUGAAGAAUAAAAUUCAAUAUCUUAAAGAAAAAGGAGAUAUAACUGCGAGAACUGCUGAAAUGCUGCUUGUCAAGCUUGACAAAAUGGUAUAAUUUAUAAGUGAUAUUGCUUCUUGGCUUAGAAAACUAAAUUCAUUUCGUUGGCUAAUGAUCCAUAAAGCGGCAUAAAAAAAAACGAAAUAUUUUUUGCAAGCAAGCCGAAUAAGUAAUAUUAUCAAUAUAUGAUAAAAGAAGGUAAAACUGAUAUUAAUGAAAUAUUUGCAGAUACGGAUAUUCCUAUAACUAAAAGAGAAGAAAUCGUUUUCAAACUUAUUCACUACGAUAAGGCAGAUUUAAAUGACGUAGACAUAAGUGAUGUUUUAGAAAUUUCUCCAGAAAAUAAAUUAGAUACAGUUAGAUUUAUUGAAAAGGGGGCAAGUAAAGGCCAAAUACAAAGCUCAUUUGAUUGGAGGACCACAGAACGUCCUGAAGAUAACUACUUACUUCCCCCCUCCGUGAGCGAACGAAAUCAUUGGAAAAUCCUUUUUUUGGGUAAUAACCCACUCUCUGUGUCUCUGUGAGUGAACACAAAUUUUUUAUGAAAAAUUAUUUUGAUAUAUAGGUAUUAAUUAUUAUGAUGAAAUCUCUAGCUAAUUCUUUUUAAUUUUAAACAGCUUGCUUGGAUUUUAAAUUAAAACUAUAAAAAUUAAAUUAAUAUUUGCUUUAAAAUUAUUUCGAAUUAGGAUUUUUUAAAUUUGAAAAAAAAAAUUAACUAUAAAUUUAUUUAUAGAUUUUUAAAAAAAAGAUUAACCAGGGUGAGUCAGAUAAAACAAUCGACGAAAAAUUAGAAAAAAUUAAUAACACCCCAGCAGAUUCAGGAAGGGUUGAGCUGCUUUAUUUCACACCAACCGCACAGGCUUCAAAAGGAAGGCUUUUUAAGCAAAGGAAUUCUGUCCAGUUUUCAAUUGUGAGGGAUACCAAAGAUGAAGGCUACUCAAGACCUGUCACACUAAAUAGAUUGAGAUCAAGAAGAAAUAACAGUGAAAUUAGAGUUCGAAAUACAACCCCAAAGGCCUCAAAAAAGCAUUCUCCGAAGAGAACAGCGUCCCACGCGAAGCGACUUUCACUUGUCAAUAAAUCCAUGCUAUAA